GGAUCUGAACCAGAGAAACCCUGGGCCGCCAAAGCGGAAUGCGCAAACCACUAGGCCACAGGUCCAGCCCCAACAUCUGCAUUCUAACAUGCUUCCCUCAUGAAUCCAGUGCAGCUCAGCGAGGUCUGCUCCCAGCAGUUGAGGUUAGAUGGCGCUAAAGGCCUCCCUCCGAGCUCCUCUGGUUCUCAGUGGUCCCUAGACCAAGGCCACACUGCCUGCAGCUCUGAGAACAGUUGCAGCACCGUGGUGGAGAUGGAAGCCAAGCUAGAGAGUUUUGAGGGGCCAGAAUACAGCAAGGAAUGGGAUACAGGGAAAGGGAAAGGAAACCAUGCACGAGGGGAAGGCGGGACUGGUGCAAAAUAGACCUUUCCAGCAUUCAAGACCUGGGCGUAUUUUAAGGCUGAGAGCAGAAGCUGUUGGAGAGAAAGACUGAAGAGAGGAAAGAGACAAACUGUUGGGGCUCCAGCGCCAUGAUGGCAGGAGAAGAGGGAAGCGACGGUGGGAGAGGCUGGGUUUGGACGGCAGGAGAGACGAGAGAGCGUGGCUCAGGUCAUGGGAGUUUUCAGAGUGACGCUCAGGAUCAUGGAGAACUGUGCCACCAGUGCGGUGGCCACGAGCCACAUGCAGCUACUGAGUCCCUGACAUGUGGCUAGUCUGAAUUGAAAUGUGCUGUAAAAAUAACAUACACAUUGGAUUUUGAAGAUUUAAUAAAAAGAAGACCAAGGUCAAAUAUCUCAAUCAUUUUUUGUACUAAUUACAUGUCAAACUGAUAAUAUUUUGGAUAGAUUAAAUAAAGUAUAUUAAAAUUGAUUUCAUCUGUUUCUUUUUGCAUUUUUUAAUAGACUCCUAGGAAAUUUAAAAUUAUACAUGAGGCUCUUGAGGCUGGCAUGAUAUUUCUGUCGAGCAGUGCUGAUCUAGAAGUUACAGAAGCCAGAACUAGGAGAAAAAAGGAACCCCACCAAAAAGCCCUAUCUCAAAAGAUAAAACCUCUUUCUACAACCCCAAAAUCUGCCUCAUUCACACUGAGGUUUAGCCAAAUUGAUAAAAAAACGUGCUUGCUAAGCCAACUAAUUAUCAGUACAAAUGAAAUUACAGUGGAAAGUGUAUGAAGAUGAUUUGUUUCCAGAUACCAUUUACAUAUAACAGUCAAUUCCGUCAUGAUGAGUCUUUUUCAUCCGCUCACUAAGGCAGGCCCUCGAGGCCCCGAAAUGGGAAGGAGAUCACCCGCCAGCAGGCCAUCCAGAGGAAGCGUGUGUACUGAGCACCUGCUCAGCUCUGAGGAUGCAUCCACACUCAAAAGGAAUGAGGAAGAAAAGGAGCCAGGGGAAAGUCAGUCCUUUCCCCAAGUCACACGGCCUUCCUCCAAACUCCUCUUGGCUCAGAUUUGCAUACAUUUCCCACCUUCCACAGCUGCGAGUGGGCAGUGUGGUACUUUCUGGGCGUCGCCUCCACGGCUCUGACUCCCAUCAGAGCUUCCUUCCUCCCCCGACCAGCCUGGACUCUGUGGCAUGUGGUUAGGGUGGUUUCCAACUCACAGGCGACCUCUCUGUUCCGCAGAGAUAGCACAGCGAGCACUGGGUGUUUGCUCGCUGGUACUGUUAUCUAAGAUCAACACUGGCGGCUCCUGCCUCCAGAGGCCUCCAGGGUCAGGAGGCUUUGUGUCUCAGUAGAUGCCUUGGUCACCACAGUUGGGGUUUUCUGGGUCAUCUUUUUUGCGGUGGCGGGGGGGGGGGGUUCUGAAAAAGCUGCAAGUCUUCUCUGAGGACUUGAGAUUUCUCCGCACCCUUCUCCCGCUUCAGCCCUUCCGGGCCUGGGGCCAAGAGGUCUAAGAUCAGGCGGCAGACAAGGGUGAAGGCGUCCUGGGGACAUGCUUACAUUCUGCUGGGACUGAAGGAGGGAUUCCGGCCCCACAGCAGGCUGGUGAUGGUUUCCAGCAGGAAGGAGUCCCCCACACUCCACGGAGGGCUCGUCCAGCCCCCCGCUGCCUCCAUCAUCCCUGGAGUCUCUAGAAGGCUCCGGUGCCCCUGGAUCCACCUUUCAGUUGGGUGGUCACAUUACGGCCAGCUGUCUACCACCUCAGCAUCAUCCUAACCGGCCGCCCUGCCCCAAGCCCAGGCCGCAGAGCAGGCUGAUUUUCCUGGAGCACCCGUUCACUGUGAAAGUAGGGUGGCACGGCAGACAGCCCGCACUGGGGUCAGGAACCUGGGCAGUCCCAGCAUUGCCGCGGAAGGUUGGGCGGCGUUGGGGCAAGUGUGGCCCUUUCGGUGUUCAGGUUUUCCUCCAGUGAAAUAAUAAUCCUUGGGUUGGAGCUUUAAGGCUGUGCAUAACCUGACCCCGAACCUCCUUCUAGGCCUUUCCUUAUAACCCCCAUCACUGCCACUCUCCUCCAAGCCACCCCGCCUUCUCAUUAUUGUCCAGACAUUCUACACCCAGGCCCUUCCUGACCUCCCAGCCCAGGGUGCCAACCUGAAGCGAGUCCCUCCUCUGAAAUGCUAGCAUUUCUUUGUAGACAACUCCCUGAGCCCUCAAGACUCACUGCCUGGCCAUCCAAUUAGACGCAGCACUGCGGACAGGCCCAUCUGUCCCCAGCCGGCUAAGGCCAUGCCCUCCCGGGGGACCAUCUGCAGCCUGCUGCUCCUCAGUGUGCUCUGGGUGGACUUGACCAUGGCGGGCUCCAGCUUCCUGAGCCCCGAACACCACAAAGUGCAGCACAGAAAGGAGUCCAAGAAGCCGCCAGCCAAACUGAAGCCCCGAGCUCUAGAAGACUGGCUCCCCUCUGAAGAUGGAGGUCAGGCGCAAGGGGCAGAGGAGGAGCUGGAGAUCCGGUUCAACGCCCCCUUUGAUGUUGGAAUCAAGCUGUCAGGGGCUCAGUACCACCAGCACAGCCAGGCCCUGGGGACAUUUCUUCAGGACAUCCUCUGGGAGGAGGCCAACGAGGCCCCGGAUGACAGGUGAUCACCCACACGACUGGCCCACCUCUUUCUUUUCCUCCCAACCUUAGAAGCGCUCACCCGGCUUUUAGAUGGCUUCUGCAACAACUCCCAGCUCUGAGUGGCACUAGCUUAGGAUGUCAAUAAAUGUUCAAACUGUAUGCUGAA